AGUGACGAGACACCACUAUUUCGUUGCGAACUAUGUCGAUACAUUUUUUUUCUUUAUAAGUGAAUUUCGAUGCAAUCUUUGGACUAUGUGAAAUAUAACUAUCUGGCUUCGAGGAGAAACCCGUUGGUUUCGGAUGACGACACUGACAACCAUUUAAAGAUCCUUUCAUGGACUAUUUGUGAAGGACAGUGUGUGAUAUUUCAUCAUUUUAAAACUGGUAACUGUAAGCAAUUUGCCAACUGAGUCACCCUGGAGAACAUUCAGAAGUUGCGUAAACAAGACUGUUGAUGGAAUUUCGUGAUUCAGUAGGUCGGUGUUUUGAAGGUACGCAGCUGUUUGGCUGGCUUUCAUGAAAACAACUGAUCAGCGUUAACUAUCGAUACUGAGUUAGCUAGGUAGGUAACGGACUAGCUCCUGCAACGACAAGUUUAACUACAUAGCUACAAAUCUACCUUUCAUUCGUGCUCGUCACAGCUUCAUGGUUUUGCAAACAAGAUAUAUUUAAAUGACCUGCCCAUUAAAAGGGUUUUCCAAGGUGGCAAGUCUAGCAGACAUGUAGUUUGUUAGCUUCGGAGAAGUCAUAGUGAACUUGACGUGAAACGCUAACUGGUUUGCCAGCUACAUAAACUUGCCUAGAGAUAGCUGCCUGAAGUUAAUCAAACACGGGCAAAACAGAAAUCUUAUCUGUGUCCCCAACGCUCAGAACAACGUCCUUGGAGUCAUCUAGUCAUUUAUUACCUAAGAAGCAGAAAUGCUAUAGAACGGAAAGUAAGAAGGGACCAUUUCCCAUUGAAUAAGUGGCUGUAAGUUGCCCCGGACACUAGGCGUAGGGCCUGCUGGUCAGGCUUCCGCCGGGUUUGAUUACGAAGUCAAGCCGUGUAGGGGACGUCGUGUCCAGGAAGCACUACAGCCUGCCCUAGGGCCUGAAGAUCUGAAAUGGAGAGAAUGGAAGUUGACCAGUGCGCAGGCGCAACUUGUGGAAGCGGAGGAGGGGCUCUUCGGAGGUCGAAUAGCGCUCCUAUGAUCACCAGUGUCAGUGAUGGUAUGACCGUGUUCAGCCCUACGUCUUCUGCCCGGUAUCGAAGGAGUAGUGUGUCAGUCAAUCCAAGUUGCCCUCCUCGUGUGCUCUCUCUGUCGAAUCCCUUUUCAUCAGUAAAUGACAGAUCAGAACAAAAGCGACAGGCCGAGCACAUGGAGCUCACUCUCAGAGGCAGUCUGCAGAGACUAAGUGCCUCCCAACUGGUUCCUGUUCCAACAGCGAGUCACUGGCAUGACCAUAUAUCAGUGGGCUUCCACCACCAGGACAGUGGGGUGACACCCAACUCUUCCCCCAGUCCAACCAGACGGUUCAGAGGGGGCUCUGUGAGCUCUGCAGUGAGGUGGCCUACGUUGGCUCCACUGAAAAGGAAAGGAGGCGUGGAAUCUGAUGGCCCUCCCAAAAAGCUCUUUGUUGCGGGGGUGACAGAACCUGCUCAUGUAACGAGUUAUACAGUCAGCGUUUCCCAGCCUGACAACUCUUCAGCUGGAGGCCUGGCAGUUUGUGCAAGCCCUCAGAACAGCCCCAUUUCUCUGUCCCCUCCACCCCCGUUCUCUCCCCACCACCCGAGCAUCUAGGAGCUCCAAAACGAGUAUUCAGCCUACCGG